AUGUAUAAUGAGGCAAAUACUUGUAUGGAAAUGGUUAACAAUGAGACUUCAGACACUGAGAAAAGAUCACAAUGCAGUAUCAGUGUGCACGGAAUCUCUUAUACUGUAAGUGAACGUGUUGGACCUUGGUGGGAUUUGCAGUUAUAUUACAAAAAAUGGACAAGACAAAUUUUGAAGAAUGUUUCCUUUCACAUGGAGAGUGGGCAAAUAAUGGCAAUUUUGGGAAACUCUGGUUCUGGGAAAACAACACUGUUGGAUGCAAUUUCUGGAAGAAUAGGAAAUAAAGGAACAUUGUUGGGUGAGGUAUAUGUGAAUGGAUCUCACCUAAAGAAAGAAGAAUACCAAGACUGUUUCUCCUAUGUAUUACAGCAUGAUACUUUGCUCAGUUACCUCACUGUGCAGGAGACAUUGACGUACACUGCAUUACUGGCACUUCAGAAGCAUUCCAGAGAUGCUAUUAAGAAAAAGGUGGAUGCAGCAUUGGCUGAGUUAAGUCUCACUCAUGUUGCCAAUACUGUAAUAGGAGGGCGUUUGUUUAAUGGGAUAUCCAGUGGCGAAAGGCGGCGUGUUUCUAUAGCAGCUCAGCUCAUUCAGGAUCCCAAGAUCAUUUUACUUGAUGAACCAACCACAGGUUUGGAUUCAAUGACUGCAAAUCAUAUAGUUUUGUUGCUUUCUGAGCUGGCUCGCAAAGAUAGGAUAGUCAUUAUAUCUAUUCAUCAGCCACGGUCGGAACUUUUUAAAAUUUUUAAUAAAAUUGCCAUUAUGACAUGUGGAGAAAUGAUUUUCUGUGGUAACCCCAACGAAAUGAUUGAGUUUUUUGAUGACUGUGGCUAUGAGUGUCCUGAACACUCUAACCCCUUUGACUUUUAUGUGGAUCUGACCUCUGUUGACACAAGAAGUAAAGAACGUGAACUAGAGACAUACGGCAGAGCACAGACUAUCGCAUCUGCAUACAGAGACUCACAACAGUUUCAGAAUACCCUAAACAUAAUUGAGACAGCAAAAAAACAUCAAAAAAGGAACUGCAUUCCAUUUAAAAGGAAAGAAACACCAAGUGAAUGCACCAAACUCUGGGUCUUAUUAAGACGCACUGUAAGAAAUUUAUCUCGAGACAAGCUUGGCAUACUAAUGCGCCUUUCCCAGAAUUUGAUAUUUGGUUUGUUUAUUGCUUUCUUCUUAAUUCGAUUAAAUAAUGAUGUACUAAAAGGUGCAGUUCAGGAUCGAAUUGGGAUUAUUUACCAAUGCCUAGGAGGACCCCCCUAUAUAGGAUUACUUAAUGCUGUUUCACUGUUUCCUGCCCUAAGAGCCAUUAGCGAUCAGGAAAGCAAGGAUGGCUUAUAUCAGAAGUGGCAAAUGCUCGUGGCGUACAUUAUACAUAUUUUGCCAUUCAGCAUUGGCAGUGUCGCAAUAUUCAGUGCCUUCACAUACUGGACUAUUGGGCUGAAUCCGGAGGUCACACGGUUUGGAUGUUUCUUUGCUGUAGUUCUGGUCCCUCAUCUCAUGGGAGAGUUCCUUACUCUUGCUGUUCUUGGUGUGGUCAACAACCCGAAUAUAGUGAAUGCCGGUGUAACAUUGCUUAACAUCGCCGGAAUCCUUGUGGGAUCUGGAAUUUUACGGAAUUUACAAGAAAUGCCUCGACUUUUUCAGCUGCUAAGCUACAUUACGUACCAGAAAUAUGCUUGUGAAAUCCUAAUAAUCAAUGAGUUUCAUGAUUUGACUUUCACCUGCGGUGGAGCGAACACAUCAACUGGUGCACAAUGCAUCUUUACAAAUGGCAAUGAGUAUAUUGAGAAGACAUAUCCAGGUGGCACUUCUAGGAUCACUUUUGACUUUCUUAUGCUUUAUGCCUUUAUCCCUGCAAUCAUAAUUGUCGGAAUAAUAAGCUUUAAAAUACGAGAUUUUUUGAUUCGUAGAUAA